CAGCAAGGUCCUCGAGAAACGUUGCAUCGCGGGUCCCUCGUUCGGCUUCCGCGAUGACGUUCGGGAGCUCCAGUUUUCGAAUUUCCACGUCGUCAAGUCCUGCAAUUCAAGCUUUCCUUUGUCGAGCUCUCACCACAGCUCGCCUCUCAGUGAAGCAGCUUCUGUGCUGCUAGGGAUGUCGAACGGAAUCGCUCCGAGCUAGAGGCGGAACUGAGAGUGACUCUAGAAGAACUCGCGUCUGUCAACAUGGCCAAAUUUCAGCGAGGUCCGACCCAGCAUUCCCUGCUCUCCAUUGCAUGCUUUCCUCUCCUGCUCCUCCUUCACCUGCUCUUUACACUAUUUUCUCUACGCCUAAAGAUCCGCCUGCACAUGUAGCUGUUGUCUUUCUCUGUGGAUCGGAGGUGGAUGAACGGUCAGAAUUGAGUGAAACUCCCAGGCGGCGAGGACGGCAGCGACAUGCAGGGAUGCGACUUCGACGGAAAGCGCAUCAAUAUGACGGCGCAUUGAUGGAGUCCGUCGCGCGAGUCAUCUCAUGGGCUAGCCUAGCUGGAAUUUCAGAGCUCAGUAUUUACGACAAUCACGGGGUCCUGGACGACUGUAGGGAUGCAAUAGUAUCCCAGUAUCAACGACUCCCGGUCUCUCCGCCGGACUCUCGCUCUCCGUCCCCUCGCAGAUCCGCCAAAUCGACUUUGGCACCACAGAAUGGCCUCGGACAGACAAGCUACGCAGAUGUGGUGAAGAAAGAUACUGUUCACGAGCCAUUCGACCCUGUCACUUCGUUCACUGUCUUUGCACCCAACACAAAACCGCUACAUGUGCAUCUGCUUACGUCGGAUUCGAGGGAGAUCUUGGCGCAUAUUGCGAGGGAGGAGAGGGCAGCAUCACCACGGGAGACGAUUUCGCAACAAAGUCUAGACGAGCGGGUACGAGAAACCCUCCAACUGAGCUGUGAUCCCGAGCUCCUCCUUGUUCACCGGAUCAAACGACCGUCGUUUUUGGGCUCUCUGCUGGCUCGCGCUCCGCCAGAGCUAGGUGGCUUCCCCUGCUGGCCGCUUCGCAUCACCGAGAUCUACAUGCAUCCGACUCCAUUACCUAUACCCAGCAUGCUCAUGGAUAUUUUUUCACCCUUACUGCAACGUUCUCGCACGUCCUCCCUCUCCUUGCUUCGGAAGACGGCAAAGCGAUUCCCCCGUCUCGCAAGCCGCGAAUCGAGUGAAUCUGGCGUGCUGCACAAAUCAGAAUGGGAUGGAGCAAUGAAAGCGUGGCAAAACGUCGAGCAGAGGCUUGGCAAGUAGGUCAGAUAGGUUCUUACUCCAUAUCAUGCCGCCUCUCGCGACCAGGGAGAGCGAUCUAUCUCUGGGGAGACAUCGCCCUCGGAUUUAUGCAAAGCAUGC